UGUGUGAGAGACCCAUGCAGUCUGACUUUGAGCUGAGCCACCGGAGCUCAGUACUGUAGUGUGCGACACAUUUUAAAAGAAGAAACUCACCGCUUCUCUCUUUUUGUGGAACCGUCAAAAGGGAAAAGGGGAAACGCGAGCCGGCCCAGAGCUGGUUUAUCUGUUCCACUUAAAAAAAGGAUAGUUUGAGGAGAGGCAGCUUUGGUCAAAGCACAAGCCAAGCAGGAUGAUAGCGGCACAACUCCUGGCCUACUUUUUCACAGAGCUGAAGGAUGACCAGGUCAAAAAGAUUGAUAAGUACCUGUACUCCAUGCGAUUCUCGGAUGAGACCCUCCAGGACAUCAUGGGGCGUUUCAAACAGGAACUGCAGAAUGGGUUGAGGAGGGACACCAGCCCCACUGCUGUUGUGAAGAUGCUGCCCACCUUUGUCAGAUCCAUACCCGAUGGAUCAGAAAAGGGGGACUUCAUAGCUCUGGAUCUGGGUGGUUCCAACUUCCGCAUCCUGCGUGUGAAGGUGUCUCACGAGAAGAAGCAGACGGUGCAGAUGGAGAGUCAAAUCUACGACACCCCCGAGGAUAUUAUCCAUGGCACCGGCACACAGCUUUUUGACCAUGUGGCAGAAUGCCUGGGGGACUUUAUGGAGAAGCACAACAUCAAAGAUAAGAAGCUUCCUGUUGGAUUCACCUUCUCUUUCCCCUGCGCGCAAACCAAACUGGAUGAUGCUGUUUUGCUGACCUGGACAAAACGCUUCAAAGCCAGUGGAGUCGAGGGCAUGGAUGUGGUGAAGCUUCUGAACAAGGCCAUUAAAAAACGAGGGGACUAUGAGGCAGAUAUCAUGGCUGUGGUCAAUGACACAGUCGGAACCAUGAUGACCUGCGGAUUCGAUGACCAGCGUUGUGAAGUUGGCAUGAUCAUAGGCACAGGUACAAAUGCCUGCUACAUGGAGGAGCUGAGACACAUUGACCAGGUGGAGGGAGAUGAAGGUAGGAUGUGCAUCAACACGGAGUGGGGAGCUUUCGGGGAUGACGGCUCCCUGGAGGACAUUCGUACUGAGUUCGACAGAGAGAUCGACAGGGGCUCCAUCAACCCUGGAAAGCAGCUAUUUGAGAAGAUGGUGAGUGGGAUGUACAUGGGUGAACUUGUGCGCCUCAUUCUGGUGAAGAUGGCCAAAGCGGGGAUGCUGUUUGAAGGGCGAAUCACUGCUGAGCUCCUGACCAGAGGCACAAUCGACACAAAGCAUGUCUCUGCUAUCGAGAAGAACAAGGAGGGCCUGACGAAAGCGAAGGAGAUCCUGACCCGCCUCGGCGUGGAGCCGUCGCACGACGACUGCAUCGGCGUGCAGCAUGUCUGCGCCAUCGUCUCCUUCCGCUCGGCCAACCUCGUCAGUGCCACCCUGGGGGCUAUCCUCACACAGCUGAAGGAGAACAGGAGCCCACACCGUCUACGCACCACCGUGGGCAUCGACGGAUCCCUCUACAAAAUGCACCCGCAGUACGCUCGACGUAUGCACAAGGCGGUGCGGCGGCUGGUGCCCGAUGCGGACGUUCGCUUCCUUCUGUCUGAGAGCGGCAGCGGAAAGGGUGCUGCCAUGGUGACGGCGGUGGCCUACCGACUGGCCGAGAAGUCCCAACAGAUUGCCCAGACACUGGCUGAGUUCCAGCUCACCAAAGAGCAGCUCCUGGAGGUGAAGAGCAGGAUGAGGACGGAGAUUGAGAAUGGCCUGGGCAAGGAAACGCAUCCCACCGCCACCGUGAGGAUGCUGCCCACCUUCGUUUGCAGCACACCUGAUGGGACAGAAAAUGGAGAUUUCCUUGCCCUGGAUCUGGGAGGGACAAACUUUCGGGUGCUGCUGGUGAAGAUUCGCAGUGGAAAGAAACGAUCGGUGGAGAUGCACAAUAAGAUCUACGCCAUUCCCAUCGAGAUCAUGCAGGGGACAGGAGAGGAGCUCUUUGAUCACAUUGUCCACUGCAUCUCUGACUUCCUGGAUUACAUGGGCAUGAAGAACACCCGCCUGCCUCUGGGGUUCACAUUCUCGUUCCCAUGCAAGCAGACCAGCCUGGACGCGGGCAUCCUUCUCACCUGGACUAAAGGAUUCAAGGCCACUGACUGUGAGGGAGAGGAUGUAGUGGGACUGCUCCGAGAGGGAAUCAAGAGAAGAGAGGAGUUUGACCUGGAUGUGGUGGCAGUGGUGAAUGACACUGUAGGGACCAUGAUGACAUGCGCUUAUGAGGAGCCCACCUGUGAGAUCGGCCUGAUCGCAGGAACGGGCAGCAAUGCAUGUUACAUGGAAGAGAUGCGAAACAUUGAGAUGGUGGAUGGGGAUGAGGGCCGGAUGUGUGUUAACAUGGAGUGGGGAGCCUUCGGGGACAACGGCUGUCUGGAUGACAUCAGGACGCAGUAUGACGUGGCUGUGGAUGAGCUCUCCCUGAAUGCUGGGAAACAGAGGUAUGAGAAGAUGUGCAGUGGAAUGUACCUGGGCGAGAUCGUGCGGAACAUCUUGAUUGAUCUCACCAAGCGUGGAUUCCUCUUCAGGGGCCAGAUAUCUGAGACACUGAAGACCCGUGGAAUCUUUGAGACCAAGUUCCUCUCCCAGAUUGAGAGUGACCGUCUGGCAUUGCUGCAGGUGAGGUCCAUCCUGCAGCACCUGGGUCUGGACAGCACCUGUGACGACAGUAUAAUCGUGAAGCAGGUGUGUGGCACCGUGUCUCGCCGCGCCGCCCAGAUCUGUGGGGCUGGUAUGGCCGCCGUCGUUGACAAAAUCCGAGAGAACCGCGGGCUGGACCACAUGGAAAUCACCGUGGGGGUGGACGGCACACUGUACAAACUUCACCCACACUUCUCUCUGAUCAUGCACCAGACGGUGAAAGAGCUGGCACCAAAGUGUAAUGUGAACUUCCUGCUGUCAGAAGAUGGGAGUGGAAAGGGGGCAGCCCUAAUCACUGCAGUGGGCUGUCGCCUACGGCAACAGGAACGAAACUGACAGGCAGUUUCCCAGAGCGCACUGCUCUCUACCUGAGUGUUACACUCCCACCACAGCCAGGCCAGUGCCCCUCACAUUCCCCACUGUACUGCACACACAGCGACUCCUACAGGCACACGCAGUUACAGGAGAGGUCUGGAUAUUCCAGAAUCUUCUCCAUUUUCUGCAUAUGCCAUCCACUCACCGCAGCACAGCUUAAAUCAUUCACCUGUAUUAUAGCUGCUGUUCGAGGGAUAACCUUUGAUUAAUGUAUUUAAAGACCUUCUAACACUGCUGUAACUAUUCCUAUGGAUGUAUAUUAGAGAAUAAAGGGAAGACAUCUCUAUGAGAAGUGUAGAACUUGCAACCAUGUAUGUAUUAUUUAUUUCAUUUUUGUACUUGAGGAUUGGGACUGCUUGCACGCCUAUCAAGAGGAGCACACAAAUAGAUUACUAUAGCUGUAAGUCUGUGGGGCACUGGGUGGGGCGCUUAAAAUGGUGCUGCUUACAUGGUUAAAUGCAGGGUGUGCUAGCAUCCCCCCCCCCCCCCCUCCCCUUAGCUGUCACUGUGCUUACUCGGCUCAUUAGGUGCUGUUGCCUUGAAAUCAAUAAAUAAACUGUCUAUUUAAUCUCUUGCCAUGACAACCCCCCCCCCUAAAGUAAAGCGAGUGCCAGUGUGUGUUGCUGGUUUAACGGGAAUCCUGUGCGAGCGAUGAAAUUGAAUAAAUGUGUGUGGAAGCGACAGGGAGUGCACUCUCAUGCUGCUUUUUGUGUUGUGGAUGAACGAGGACUGUUGGAGCUUGCUGCUGUAGUACAACCUGUAAAGCCACAUGACAAACACACGCCUUAUUCCCAGACACAGGGGUAUGGGACCAAUUUAUUUUGUAACAGAUGCACUCGUGUUCCUGAAACCAGUGUAACAGAAUAAAUGAAAUUCUAUUUUGAUGUGAA